AUGGCCUCGGAGAAGAACGUCGAGCAAAAUAUUGUACCAGAUGAUGCUCGCUCGCCAAUUGAUGCAGAACAAAAGAAUCUGCCCGUUUCCAAAGGUCGAAAUAAUGGCGAUGCCGCUUUGGAACUCCUCAAAUCCACUGGAUCACUGCAGCAGCCUCUUGACCCAGCGCGAAAUCGCCGCCUUGUUCGGAAAAUCGAUCUCCAUAUCAUGCCCCUGAUAUGCAUUGUUUAUUUCCUACAGUAUAUCGACAAGGUUUCUAUAUCCUACGCAAGUGUCACCGGACUGAGAGAGUCAGCCCAUCUUCACGGCAAUCAAUUUAACUGGGUUGCAUCGAUAUUCUUCUUUGGACAACUGGCAUUCGAGUUUCCCACCAUCCGUCUUCUGCAGAUGUUCCCAUUGGCCAAGUAUGUGGCUGUCAAUGUCACUAUCUGGGGAGGGGUGCUUGCUGCGCUAGCCAGCUGCAAAACUUACAGUAGCUUGUUGGCCUGCCGAUUUCUUCUGGGGGCUGCUGAGGCCACUGUGGUCCCUGCUUGGGUACUAUUCACUUCUCAAUGGUAUCGUAAAGAAGAGCAAGCGUUUCGAGUAGGCAUAUGGUUUGCCGUAUGUGGUCUUGCCCAGAUGCUUGGGGGGUAUUUUGCAUAUGGAGUGGCAAAACAUGUCGGCGGAGAUGUGAACGCUGCUUUGGAAGGGUGGCAAGUCAUCUUCCUUUUCCUCGGUCUCCUUACUGCCGUGGUUGGAGUGAUUUUUUGGUUUGUCCUCCCUGAUUCACCUGCAACUGCAGGUUUUUUGUCGGAGGAAGAGAAGCUUCUUCAUAUUGAGCGACUUCGAGGAAACGAGCAAGGCAUCGGCAGUAAGGUCUUCAAGUGGGAUCAGUUUUGGGAAGCCGUGAAAGAUAUCAACACCUGGCUGUAUGCUUUCUGGGUCUUUGCGGCCAACAUCCCCAACUCCAUCGCCACCAGUUUUGGCAAUAUCUUGGUCACCGGAAUGGGAUACAGCAAGCUCAACUCUCUCCUCCUUGUCACCCCUCUUGGAGCAUAUGAAGUUGUCGUCCUUAUCGGAGUUACCUACAUCGCCAUGCGCACCGAGCAGAGACUAUGGUGCUGUAUCGCAACACAUAUCCCAUCUAUCGUCGGCGCAAUCUUGAUGGCUACCACCGAGAAAACCCCUGCUCUCAUCGGCUACUACCUCAGCGGUGGCAUUCCCAUCGGCUGGACCACCAUUCUCGGCCUCCAAGCCAGUAACGUGGCAGGCUCCACCAAGAAAAUCACCGUCACCUGUAUCGGCACCAUCGCGUAUACCAUUGGCAAUAUCAUUUCCCCUCAGACCUUCCAAGCUAAGGACGCACCUCGAUACCUACCAGCAAAGAUCUCCAUUUGUAUCUUGUACUUCCUCAUCACCGUGGACUUGUACCUCAUCCGACUUGUGUACACGCAUCGGAAUAAGAAGCGCGAUGCAGCAAGGGAAGCGCUCGGUGCCGAACAUACGGUGGAGAAGAAUCAUGAAUUUCAGGACUUGACAGACAUUCAGAACCAGGAGUUCAGAUACUCGCUGUGA